CAGCUUGGCUCUCACAAGGCUCACUUGUUCCCACAGGGCAGCAGGACAAAAUGCUUUAGAAAGAGUAACAUUCUAGAAAGUAGUAUAAUUUCUUUUUCUUCCUAAAUUGUCUCAUCUGUGGAAGAUUCCUUUGCUGAAACAUCACAUCAAAGGGAUCUUCUGCAUUUAAAACAGAGGACGCAUCAUGCUGAAGAGGAAGGAGAAGACCCAACCCUACACUAAACCCCUGGAUGGAGGAUGGGGAUGGAUAAUUGUGUUUCAUUUUUUUUUGGUCAAUGUGUUUGUGAUGGGGAUGACCAAGACUUUCGCGAUUUUUUUUGUGGUCUUUCAAGAAGAGUUUGAAGCCACCGCAGAGCAAACUGGUUGGAUUGGAUCCAUCAUGUCUUCACUUCGUUUUUCUGCAGGUCCUCUGGUUGCCAUUACCUGCGACAUAUUUAGUGAGAAAACUUCCUCCAUUAUUGGGACUUUCCUUAUUACUGGUGGAUAUCUGAUCAGCAGCUGGGCUACAAGCAUUCCCUUUCUGUGUGUGACUAUGGGACUUUUACCUGGUUUGGGUUCUGCUUUCCUGUACCAAGCAGCUGCUGUAAUUAGUACCAAAUAUUUCAAAAAACGAUUGGCUCUUUCUACAGCUAUUGCCCGUUCUGGGAUGGGACUGACAUUUCUCUUGGCACCCUUUACAAAACUCCUAAUAGAUCUAUAUGACUGGACAGGUGCCCUUAUAUUAUUUGGAGCUAUCACAUUGAAUUUGGUGCCAUCUAGUAUGCUCUUAAGACCUAUCCAUAUAAAAAGUGAGAACAACUCUGACAUCAAAGAUAAAGGUAGUAAUCUGUCUGCAAGUGAUCCAGAACCACAGUAUGGAACAGAAGCAACCUACCGUAAUGAGACACAAGAAUCUCCCACCAAAGACAGUACUAAACACAAGGCUGGACAACCUGGUAAAAGUUUAAUAGCCUCACAAAACCAAGGUGAAGAGGUGAACAAUGGGCCUAGCAAGAACAGACUGUUAAUAAGUAAUGAAGAAAGUUAUGAGAAAAAGGCUAUUUUGUGGAGCUGCAAGCAAAAAUUGUUUGAUACUUCUCUCUUUAGAAAUCCUUUCUUUUAUAUAUUUGCCUGGUCUUUUCUUCUCAGCCAGUUAGCAUAUUUUGUCCCCACCUUUCACCUGGUAGCCAGAGCCAAAACACUGGGAAUUAACGUCAUGGAUGCCUCUUACCUUGUUGCUAUAGCUGGUAUUACUGAGGCAGUCAGUCAGAUUAUUUCUGGAUGGGUUGCUGAUCAAAACUGGAUCAAGAAGUACCAUUACUACAAGUCUUACCUCAUCCUCUGUGGCAUCACUAACCUGCUUGCUCCUUUAGCCACCACAUUCCCACUACUUAUGACCUACACCAUCUUCUUUGCCAUUUUUGCUGGUGGUUACCUGGCAUUGAUACUCCCUGUACUGGUUGAUUUCUGUAUGCAUUCUACACUACAUAGGUUUUUUGGAGUUGCUGGUUUCUUUACUGGGAUGGCUGUCCUUGCUGGACCACCUAUAGCAGAGUCUCAAGCUGUCACCCUGGGUAGAGUACCGUGGUGGCACAGCUCACAGCAACCUCCAACUCUUGGGCUUAAGUGAUUCUCUUCCCUCAGCCUUCCAAGUAGCUGGGACAUCAAGCGCCUGCCACAACGCCCGACUAUUUUUUGUUGCAGUUGUCACUGUCAUUGCUGGCCUGGGCCAGGUUCAAACUCUCCACCCUUGGUGUAUGUGGCUGGCGCCGAGCCUAUUUUUAGAGACAGAGUUUUACUAUGUCGCUCCUCGGUAGAGUGGCGUCGCAGCUCACAGCAACCUCAACUCUCGGGCUUAAGUGAUUCUCUUGCCUCAGCCUCCCAAGUAGCUGAGGCUACAGACGCCUUGCACAACGCCCAACAAUUUUUUUGUUGCAGUUGUUUAGCAGGCCCAGGCUGUGUUCCAACCCGCCAGCCUCAGUGUAUGGGGCUGGUGCCCUAACCGCUGAGUAGGGGUGCCAAUCCUGAGAUUCAAUUUAGAUAUACUUAUUCUGAAGGAAAGAUUUAUACAAAUAUCCAAUCCACUUAUAUGUUCUUCCCAUGUUGUCUUAAGUUGUCUCUUAGCCUACACUUCAGAGCUGUGGAAAGCAAAAUAUAAUUUUAAAGUCAAGCCCAGAAUUGUUACAUGGGGACUGGGAAAAGGAGGUCGAAUACCAGAGGGAACUAGCAGAGUACCCACGACAAUGAGAUACAAAAGAGCUCAAAUAUAAUUUGCUGAUGCAUUUUUUUCAAUCUGAUUCUUCUUUAUUAGCUGUCCCAAUGGUGCCUUGGCACUUUUCAAACCUAUUAGUCCCCUCUCCCCCCCCCCACAAAGAGUUAAGUAACGAAUACUAGAGCACAAAAUGUUAUUCAAAUGAUGACAAAUAACAAAACUAUAACAUGUUUAAUGUUCUUUAUGUUUUUGUAUACUUCUUAAAAUAUUUAAAGAGUUCAAUAUAUGAGAAUACAGGCAAUUUUUGUAAGGACCAUUACCUGAAAAGAUAAAACUAUAGCUGUGUAUGUAAGUUCUGUAAGUUCUGUAAAUCAAUUUUUGGGAGCAUGAUCUUUUUUAUUUUUUUUUAAUAAAAAGGACAGACUACAAUACAGAUUAGAAAAUGGAAUAUAUCACUUUAUUGUGAAGGUUUUGUUUCAUACACACACACCCCUGUGUAAUGUAAAAUAUGAGACAUAUUUCCCUCAAUCAAUUAAAAAAAAGUUUAUAAGCCUUUAUUGCCUAAAUCCAAAAUACCCAAGCACUACAUGUGAGAAUAAAGAAAACUCAUGAUAAUGUUUUUUACCCACUAAUUCUGAGAAUAUUACUUAGGCAAUCAUAAAUUUUAUAAGUUCUACAAAGAAGUUAAAGGAAGUAAUAAGGCUGUUACUGAAAGCUUAUGUAUAAAUUUUUAGUCUGGGAGGUGAUACUAGUAGCUUAAACAAGAUUAUAAUAAUAUACAAUUCAGUUUAAUUUCAUUCUCUGUAAUCUCUCACUGACUACAAUAUUGUGCUGCUAAGUAUCCUGUUGAAGAAGGAAAUUUCAGAAAAGCUUUCUCUGUGAAAUAGCAAAUAGGACUUUAUGAAGGCCAUUAGGUUUGUUCCUAACUUCUAACUCUUGCAGCAACUAACCCCAAAUCAUCACAAAUGCUCAUUUACAGAGCAACUCAAUUCUCACCAGGUGUGGGCAGUUACUGUCUUUAACUUUAAAUACAAAGGCUUACUGGUAAUAAAAUAUUAAAUUCUCAACCAAACUUAGGUCUUUAGAACUGUAUGAGAUUCUUUUUUACUUACCCAGAUGUGUUAUUACCAAAUUUCAAAGCUGAAAUUCCUAUGAAAGAUUAUAGGCAUUUUAAAUUAGGAAUGUAAUAAACAGUAAACUUUUCACAAUAAUCCUCAGUCAAAACACUAGUUAAAAAUGAUAACGCUGGUAACAUGAACAAUAUUUCUCUCCAUCCUGUAUGAAAAUGAAACAGAAAAAGUUAGUUCUAUCAACAUAUUUUAGUAAUUGAAGGAAAGAAAAAAGCACAGGAAAUCCAUAGAAAUCACAUAAUUAUUUUUUUAAAUAUGCUACUUUUAUUUUUUAAUUGUAAAUAGAGCAUAUGGGCAAUAAAAUUACUUAUAUACCUUUCUCAAUCAUGAAUAAAAGAAAUAUGGUAGCAACAUUCUUUAUUAAAACUUUGCUGAAAAUGACAGGGAUUGAAAGAAUGAAGGUUAAAACUUAGCCCCACUCCCAUCAGUCACCCUCAAAGCACCACUCCACCCCGCAGUUCCUUCUAUCCCUCACUUUCCAAUACUCAGUGACAAAUUCAAUUUUAGGUAAUAAUGUAGCCCCAUUAGAGUAGGUCUGCUUUAGUGUUGUUCUAGGUUCCCUGACCAGGGUAGGCAGUAGACCCAAGUGUAAGCCAAACGUCAUAGCUCCUCUAAACCUAAAUGCUGGGGGGUUUUUUGUUGGAAGACUGAAUCCAAAACUAUACACUGGCACCAAGAUGGAAGACUGGGAAGGAUGUGGAAAUAUAAAAAGUGCUGAUAUUUUAACACAUUAUUAUCUUUUCUAGUAGACCUCUGUUAACAAAAGUAAACAUGCAAAGAGCAACAUAAAUAUAAAAACAGUGUCUUCAGCAGGAAAGUACAUACAACCACAUUCUUCUCAGAUGUAAGCUACUUACAUGCAAUUCCUAACCUUGUAUCCAAGGCAUUUGACAAAAUGCUAAAGACUCAGUUUUAUUUAAAAACAAAACUACUGGGCGGCCGCCUGUGGCUCAGUGAGUAGGGCGCCAGCCCCAUAUACCAACAGUGGCAGGUUCAAACCCAGCCCUGGCCAAACUGCAACAAAAAAAUAGCCGGGCGUUGUGGUGGGUGCCUGUAGUCCCAGCUACUUGGAAGGCUGAGGCAAGAGAAGUGCCUAAGCCCAAGAGCUGGAGGUUGCUGUGAGCUGUGACAUCACAGCACUCUACUGAGGGCAACAGAGUGAGACUCUGUCUCUAAAAAAUAAAAAAAAAUAAAAAAACUACCAAGGGCCCAUAUUAGCUGCCUAUAAAAAUGAAACAAAACUGAAUUCAGCUCCCCUCUUUUUUCCCUAUGCUCCCCAUUCGCAAUCAAUGAAAUGCAUUUAUCAUUCUAAUACACACACACAAAUUAUAUAUCAAAUAAAUCACAAGUAUCUUCUGAAAAAUCCAUUAAAAUGCCAGAAAUAAUUAUUUCAUUAUAUAUAACUCAGUAUUUAUUCAGUAACUAUCAAGCAACCUAUCAAUAGCACAGCAUUGUUAGAUGCUGUCUGGGACAAAGAAAAGACAGAAGUUAAGCCAUAUUACAGGCCACAACAUGGCACUCACUCUGUCACAUACACUGCCAGACGUCAUUCGGGGACAACAGUCUAGAAUCUCUAAAACUAAGAAUUAUUAGAAUCUACAUUUUUUUCAGUUCAUUAAUUAAAAAUUUAAUUAAGCUGCUGUAUCCUAUCACUCCAUUUUCUUACCUUUAAUUGAAGACAUUCUAAGCUAUGGGAUGAUAACCUUAAAUAUGCUGCAAUUUAACUAAAUUAAGCAAGUAUUUCACAAAAAGUGACACCCCUCCUCCCCCCGCAACAGAUCCUAAGAAAACCAUUUCCAAUUCUGUAAGCUUCAAAGCUGUAAGUCAACUGUACUCCAGCAUAAGUUAACUAGCUCCUCAAGUAGUACCUCUCUCAUCAUUAUUAACCAAACUCACAUCUCAUCAGAAAUACCAUGGGGUGAAAUUGGUAAUUUUGUACCAAAUCUAUUUGUGCUUUAUAGAAAAAGACAAUGGCUAAGAUGGAAAUUCAGCCAUCUAAAUUUGUCUAUCCCACCAACACAGAUAAGACAUCUCAUUAAAUGAUGGGUCAUUCUUUAUUCCAUCUUCACUUUGUUUUUUCCACCUUCACUUAGAUACAAUUUUUUCUGUUUUCUGAGUCAGUGUCACUUUGUCACCCUUGGUAGAGUGCCACAAUGCCAUAGCUCAUAGCAACCUCAAACUUUUGGACUCAAGCGAUUCUCCUGCCUCAGCCUCCCAAGUAGUUGUGACUAUAGGUGCCCACCACAAUGCUGUUUUUAUUUAUUUACUUAUUUAGAUAGUGUCUUAUUUUGUCACCCUCAGUAGAGAGCGGUGGUGUCACAGCUCAUAGCAAACUCAAACUCUUGGGCUUAAGUGAUUCUCUUCCCUCAGCCUCCUAGGUAGCUAGGACUAGAGGUGCCUGCCACAAUGUCUGGCUAAUUUUUUGUUUUGUUUUGUUUUGUUUUUUAAUAGAGACACAGUCUCACUCUGGCUCAAACCUGUGAGCUCAGGCAAUCCACCUGCUUUGGCCUCCCAGAGUGCUAGGAUUACAGGUGUGAGCCACUACAGAGCUAUUUUUAGAGUCAGGGUUUCAUGCUUGCUCAGGCUAGUCUUAAACUCCUGAGCUUAGGCAAUCCACCCACCUUGGCCUCCCAGAGUGCUGGUAUUACAGGCGUGAGCCACUGCACAGCCUUUAGAUAAUAUUAAACAAAAACUCCAUCUGUUUCAUGCUCUACCUUUUACCAACUAUGGCCUCUUACAGGCAAACAUUUAAGAAAAUAAUUUAGGGCCGAGUGCAGUAGCUUACGAUGCCACAGCAUUCUACCGAGGACAAGGUGAAACUGUCUCAAAAAAAAAAAAAAAAGAAUUUGAUGAUUUAAAAAACAUAGUAAUAAUUAAUAAAAAUUGUACUGUGCUUAAGAAUCAACUGAGUGACACCAGGAUGAAUGCUUCAGGGAAGCCAAGGUAUCUUCACCAUUAACAUCCAUCUCAAGGGAAUCUGAGGUACUUGGAGACACUGAGGAAAUGCUUAGAGGUCUUGAGCUUAAUUAGCCUGCAUCAGUUGCCAGUACUUCUCAGAGUACUCGCUACAUACAGUAAUACUCAGCAUGGAGUGAACACUCAGAUACUUGCAUAUUAUUAUUAUUAUUCUGAAUUGUAGAUAGUAUAUCAUCUCAUUUUCUCUGAUGCUCAUAAUGCUUUAGCUAUGACCACAAAGGAACCCAGUUUUUUGAAUAUCAACUAAUAUUUGAGCUUCUACAUAAAAUGGUAAGAAUACAGUGGGUUCUGUUACAUCAACAGUAAUUUAUUUAUUUAUUUAGACAGCAUCUCACUCAGUCACCCUCAGUAGAGUGCCAAGGCGCCAUAGCUCACAGCAACCUUAAGCUCUUGGGUUCAAGUGAUCCUCUUGCCUCAGCUUCCCAAGUAGCUGGGACUGCAGGUGCCCACCACAUACCCAGUUAUUUUUAGAGACAGGGUCUCACUCCUGGUCAGGCUGGUCUUGAACUCCUGAGCUCAAGCAGUCUACCCGCCUGGGCCUCCCAGAGUGCUAGGAUUAUAGGCGUAGGCCACAGUGCUGAGUCAGGGUUCCCUCUCCAUAAAGACACCUGGCAUUGCCUAGAGGCUAUUUGCAUUUAACCUUGUAUAUGUUACAUCUAUUAGAAUUAGUAUAUAUGAUAUUCAAAACUGCAAACUGUAAUGAUGAGUAUUUUUAAA